CAUCAGUGGUGGUGAAGCAACAUCAGUGGUGGUGAAGUAACAUCAGUGGUGGUGAAGCAACAUCAGUGGUGGUGAAGUAACAUCAGUGGUGGUGAAGCAACAUCAGUGGUGGUGAAGCAACACCUGUGGUGGUGAAGCAACAUCAGUGGUGGUGAAGCAACACCUGUGGUGGUGAAGCAACACCUGUGGUGGUGAAGCAACACCUGUGGUGGUGAAGUAACAUCAGUGGUGGUGAAGCAACAUCAGUGGUGGUGAAGCAACAUCAGUGGUGGUGAAGCAACACCUGUGGUGGUGAAGCAACAUCAGUGGUGGUGAAGCAACACCUGUGGUGGUGAAGCAACAUCAGUGGUGGUGAAGCAACACCUGUGGUGGUGAUGGCCACACUACAUCUCACAUGUACACUUCAUAACUCUGUACACUGAGACACUAUGAGUGACCCAACUCCAUACAGGCACCAGGUCGGUGGCUGGCACAAGGGUAUCCAGUCAUGUGUACUUAAAGAUAAGGAAGGUUUAAUCCUUAAACCGCUCAAGCUAAAUGCUAAUCCCACCUAUGGCCAAAAGGACUCAAACCCAAUGCCUAGAAGUUCAACUAGUGACUCCAGGAAGGACUCUGAUGAAGAGCUCAACCCAGUUUGUAAAGAUGAGCUGGAGUUCUACCAGCACUUGCAGACCUCCAGUAGCCAGGAAGAUGUAAUGCUCAAGUCUCUUGUACCCAGAUUUUUUGGAAGCCGUGAAGUUGUUGUGGAAGAUGGUACAGGUGUGUUGAGUGUGGUGUUGGAGUAUGGUGGGGUGGGGAUGCAUUUUGGAAGUCAUUUGCAAAGAUAUUCCUACUGGAAUGACCCUCCAGACUGCAGCAUCUCAACCAUGCUAUUAUAUUUUUAUGGUCUGUUUUCAGUAAAAGUGGUAGUUGAGAUGCUAGUAACUUUUAAUGGUGGUUCACAGGUUAAAUAUGCCACACAGAGAGAGUUGGGCUUCUGUCUGACUGGCCUGCGAGUUUUUCACCACAAAAAUGGUCACCUGAUCACUGAACUGCGGCCUGAUGCAUGCAAACGACUCACUGUCACUCAAGUGUUUGAAGGUCUGGAGAUGUUCUGCCAGAGUGACAGCUCUUCCAGCAUUGAUCUCCAAAAAGCUGUUGUAACACAGCUCCUUUGCAUUCAUGACUGGUUCCUCAAGCAACGCACUUACAAGAUACGCUGCGGCUCCAUACUGAUUUUGUAUGAUGCUAAUCAAUUGGGUAAUGGGCAGCAGACACUGCAAACAGCUACUGGUGAUCCUUUGACAGCAGUGGUAAAUGGUGGCUUGGGUGUAUGUGGGUGCACACCCAAACCACAGCCAAUGACUGGUGAUCCUCUGCCAGCAGCAAAUAGUGACCUGGAAAUGUGUGGGCACACUCUCACAGUAACAGUAAAAAUGAUUGACUUUGCUCAUGUCCUUUACUCUGAUGGAGAAAGAGAUGAAAAUUAUAUUUUUGGUUUGGAAAACUUAAUUAAGUUUUUUAAUAAAAGGGUUAAUAUAAAGAGGUAGAUAUUCAGAGCAGGUAACUUAGGAGUUGUAAAAGUUGUGAGGAAUUGAUACUAGUUUGUGUGGGGUAAGUCAGUUUAAUAAACUGUGAUACUGUAUUAAUAUUGCUUAACCAGCCUAAGAUAGUUUGCUCAGGAUCAUAUAUAUUUUCAGGGAGAUUUAAUUUUCAGUAUUAAGUUAGCCAGUAAUAUGCAAUUAUGGACUGUACUUAGACAAAAAAUGCAAAACAGUAUAUAAAUAUAAAAUGUAUAAUCAUU